AUGAAGAACGAAUCUGUGGUAAUUAUCGGUGCCGGCAUCAUUGGACUGAACGUUGCCCUGGUCCUCGCCGAGAGAGGCUAUGCCAGUCAAACUACCAUCAUAGCCGAGCACCUCCCAGGUGAUACGUCCAUAAACUAUACUUCGCCAUGGGCCGGCGCAAACUUCUCCGCCAUUUCUGCAAGCGAUAAGAAUGCUUUGCGAUGGGAUAAAAUGGGGUACAAUCAUCUCCUCAAUCUUGCCGCAAAGGACGGGGAGCGGGCAUUUGUUCGGGGAACACCCUCAACCGAGUACUGGGAUGAAAUGCCAUCGCGCAUGAAGCUCGAUUCUAUGGCCAGCUACCUAAAGGAUUACAAAGAGAUUCCCAAGCAGGAGCUACCGCAAGGUGUUGCAUUUGGUAUCACAUUUACCACGAUAACCUUCAAUGCCCCGAUGCAUGUCCACUAUCUUCUUCAGAGACUCAGACAUCAGUAUGGAGUCCAGGUAAUUCGCAAGAAAGUCUCAGAUAUCACGUCAGGCUUCCUCAACAAGGACACGAAGGUGGUCUUUAACUGCACCGGUAACGCUGCUCGUGCUCUGAAGGGAGUCGAGGACCCUAAGUGCUAUCCAACUAGAGGACAAAUUCUGCUUGCCAAGGCAACAAACAUCAACCAAAGUGUGAUGAGACACGGGAAGGAUUAUGAGACAUACGUUAUACCACGCCCAUACUCGAAGGGAAACGUGAUCCUUGGUGGAUAUAUGCAGAAAGGAGUCAGCACGCCUGAUACAAUUGGAGAGGAGACUAAGUCUAUAUUAUCUCGGACCAAGGCGAUGCUACCUGAGCUUGAUUCGCCCGACACGGAGAUACUGGCAGCGUUUGCAGGCUUGCGACCAUCACGGGAGGGAGGUGCUCGAGUUGCCAGAGAAAUCGUGCAGGUAAAUGGUUUGAAGAGAAAGGGCCUCGUUGUUCACAACUACGGUGCUGGAGGGACUGGAUUCCAAGCUGGGUAUGGAAUGGCAGUUGAUGCGGUUGAAAGUGCGUUGGUUGAACUUCAAACUCUUCAACCGAAUUCGGCAAGGACCAUCAAAUCGGCUCUCUAG